AUGUCGCUUCGCACAACGAUCGUGAUCGCUCUCGCCUCCGUCGCCGCAAACGCCCUGCCGGUCCAGAAUGAGGUGAUCGCGUGUCCGGAAGUAGUGACGGAGCCAGAGCACUUUGUGGCGUGCUACCAGACGAAUCAGAUGGCGAAGGUCAUGGGCCUCAGCGGCCAUUUCCCCUUCACGUUCGACAAUAAGACUUUCAUCGGCUCGGGAGAAGGAUCAGCACCUGGGCCGCUGGCCUUUGUGGCAGGCGACGAUUCCCUAGAGACCCUGCUACGGGUGAACAAGGACCGCGCUGACGCAGUCAAGGACCAGCAGUUCACCGACGCGGAGGCAGGGUACAGGCUCACCGCCGCCAUGACGUCGCUGGUCGGCUUCCCAAGGUCUGCAGUCUUGAGUUCGAAACCGAACAACUUUACUUUCGUCGUGUUCAAGUCGUCUGCAGUGUUCAAGUCGUCGUCUGCGGUCAGCAUGUUUGGCUCCGAGCAGCCCGUUGUCCCGACUUUUUCUUUCUUCGCGGAGUUCGUCAAGUCGAGUUCCGGCUUCGAGAUACCGCUGGAUCUCACCCGCGAUUUGGUCGCGGCAUACGCUGAGCAGCCCAACCCAAUGGCAGCGUUCUCAAAGGUGACGGGCUGUGACGAGAAGAAGUCGGGGCCUUCGUACAUGAAGAAGCGCGGCGCUGAUGGCAGCGCAGUCGCCUGCAAUGCCGACGCCGCGCGCUCCAUGCGCGCGGCGGUUGCCGACGUGGCAGCGUGCUGCUUCAACGACACAUUGUUCGUCUACGCGGAUGAAUCCUACACUGGCCCGAUCGGCAUUGGGCUGGUGCAAGACUCGCUUGGCGUUUGGAGCGGGACGCUGGCCGCAAUGCUCGGCUUCAUAACCGACCACAUGGCGGCGCGUGUUGUCUACCUCAGAGACAGCGACUGCCUGAACGACAUGGACGGAACACCCGACUUCUUCUGCCAGAGGACAGACGGCUCACACUCGACCGUUCCGGUCACCCGCUUUGUGACGCUCAACCGGAGGUUCCAUUGGCUGGAGCCGCCGGAGGAGCGCAGCGUCUGGGUUACAACCUCGUUCGUCGAAGCUGACGAGGCCGCCCUCUUGCCCGUCUACUACGACUCGUCGCAGCUGGGAAUCUUCACCUUCUUGGAGCCUUUUGACACCUCUCUGUGGCUCGCGCUCGCAAUCUCUUGCAUCGUGGUCGGCGCUCUCAUGCCGAUGACCCUGCGCGAUCCCCGGACCAACGCGACGCGAGUCCGCGGCGGCUUCUUUUUUGCCAGCUUUUCAGAUCGCGUCCUUCUCUUCUACCACGCCGUCUCCGAGCUGUUGGGCAAGGAAGACUUGGAAUGGACGACCAAUACCUCUUCCCGCAUCCUAAAGGUGGGGUGGCUCAUGUUCAUCCUCAUCACCGUUGCCUCGUACACCGCCAACCUCGCCGCCUUCUUCACCGCAUCGGGGCGUGUGGUCAGAGGGCCGCAGGACAUGGAGGCGCUGAAAACCCACGUGGCUUGCUCCACGCACGACUUCGACACCAUGGAAUCGCACCACGAAGAGGCGAUCUUCUACGGGGUUCCGAAUACGCUGGGUGGGAUGAUCGGCGCUUGGAUGCCACACGAUCAUGCCCUUUAUCGCGAGGGCGUAGCAGUCAAUUAUGGUGAGCUGACGUUCAAGGAGAAGAAGAAUUCAGAUACGUUCAGUAGCAGCGGGUUCAUCGACCGGUGUGCGCAAAAGGUGCGUGCGGGUGAGGCGGGCUUGAUCUUGGGCCCGCAGUCGGAGCUCGCAGAGUGGCUGUUGGACAGAGCGCGGCCAGAGAAUUGCAUGAACUGGGAGUUCAGUCGCGGGAUCCACCUGCAUCACGGCCCUCUGGCGCAGAUCUUCCUCGCGGUCAACAAGUCUUACGGCUGGCCCUUCUUCUCCGCGCUACAAGAGUCGACUGCCUACCUCCGCGCCAGUGCACCCGUCGACAUCCUCACAACCAUCUACGCCCGCGAGCAGAACCAGGGCGGGGCGUGCCCAGCUUCGCUGCAGAAAGUGAGCCACCGCAUCGCAUUCUCCGACCAGUACGGAGUGUUUGUGGUCUUUGGGACAUUCACCGGAGUCGCGGUCCUCGUCAGCUUCUUCGAGGCGUAUCUGCUGCAGCGGCGCAAGCGGAAGCUGGCGCGGCGGCAUGAUACCGACGACAACGGGCGAGGCGUCAUGACCGACACUGAGCUGCUGCGUGAGGUGAUCAAGGAGCUCGACCGGGUGCACAAAAAGCUGGACGAACAAACCCAGUCCAUUCCCAGCAAUUCCACCGACCCUGGGCCUGCCCCUGCCCCUGCCGCGGCGCCGGGAGAAGGCGGUGGCAGCAGCAGCGACAAGAGGCCUCGUCGCAUGCGCCUGAUCGGCGGUGUAGGGAUCGGUCCGAGGGCGAGGUUGGAGUGGGUGCGCUCACCUAGGAAGGUAGUUAGCAGGGUGGGGUAG